UCCACUCAGUGCUACACUCACAGAGUUUAAGCGACACUUGUAUGGAGUUCACCUGCCUGUUGCAUUCCAUGGCUGCGUUUUACCGGAUCUUUCUCCUGUUAUCUGUGGCUGUGGCCUCUGCGGCGACACGCAGGUCUCAGCGGACAAAAAGAGGGCUACUGGAGUUGGCAGGAAUCAUCAAAUGCAGCACAGGGAGAUCUGCCUUGUCUUACGUGAUGUACGGAUGCUACUGCGGAGUGGGUGGUCAAGGCUGGCCGAGAGACAAGGCAGACUGGUGUUGUCACAGACAUGACUGCUGUUAUGGAGUCGCAGAGAGACUUGGCUGCCAAACCAAAAUAGACAGGUAUCAGUGGACGUGUGAGGACAAGACAGCCGAGUGCGAUGAUUUGAAGGACAAAUGUGAAAAGUUGCUGUGCAAGUGUGACAGAGAAGCUGCCAAAUGUUUGAGAAAAGCACCUUUCAUCCAGAAAUAUGCCCUAUGGCCAGAUUUCCUCUGUGGUUAUGAACAGCCAAUGUGUAAUAUUUACUGACACAAUAAAGAUCUGCAAAUCUUGUAUGCCUUUUGUAAACAGAACAUUUUACAGUAAUAAUCACUAUGGCAAUGCUGUAAAAUUGUCAGAGACACUAAAUUUUUGCUUAUUUUCUGUGUGUGUGUGAGUGUGUGUGUCUACUGUUUUCAAUAUACAUAAUUAUCAGGCUAUUUUAAUUAAGUUGCGAAAGCACAGUGUUGUGUUUUUGCAGAUACCUUAUCAAAAUAUUUUGUUUUGUUCAUUAUGAGUUUGGAUUUUCCUGUGGCUGCCUGGAAAGUACUGUGGAUACAGAUGCAGUAGAUUCAUUCAAAGAGAAGGCAGCUUGAGAGUUCCUCUGCUGGAACUAAAGCUAAAUCUUAGACUGAAGGUCAGGUCAGAUGUUAAUCAGCAAGGGAAAGAUCAGAUAUUCAGCCCUGACCACAAGCAGGGCUUGUUGAAAUACUGUGCAGGGCAAUGCCUGCCUUAUAAAGGUGAAGUCAGCUCCCUGUGACUACACUUCAUUCACUGGGGUUUUUAAAAAAAGAUAUUUGGAAAUGUAGUGAGCUAAUAAGCAAACUGAGGUUUCCACUGCAGUUCUAUUUUAAAGCCUGCUGUGACAUGAGUCUCUUUCUUUUCUUUUUUUCCCCCCACAGUCCAUGUAUUGAUAUUUCAGCUACGUUGUCUGCACUGUUUCAGGAUCACGACAACUACAGCUGCCUGAUUCAGACCUUAUUUAAAAACUUCAAAAAAGUGUGUGUGUUGCAUGUUCACUUUCUUUU